CCAACAUAUAAGCCGAUUCAAAACCCUAUCACGUUGUCGGAAAAAAAAAAAAGCCGGAAGAUGGGUUACGGUAAGCAUAGGCGAUCCAAAGGUGGCAAUUCGAAUCCAGGCCAAACCAGUAGGACUGAGAAUCCUGGAAGGGAAGAUGAAUCGCUUCCUCAUGAUCAAGAGUCUGAGGAUGAAGCGCAAGUUCCAAAUGUUCAAUUGGCAAUGUGGGACUUUGGUCAGUGUGAUGCAAAGAGGUGCACUGGUCGUAAGCUUGCUAGAUUCAACUUGUUAAAAGAGUUACGUGUGAACACUGGCUUCGGAGGUGUGGUUUUAAGUCCAGUUGGUAGACAAUGUGUUUCCAAGGAAGACUAUGCUUUGAUUAAAAGAAAAGGAUUAGCUGUAGUUGAUUGUUCUUGGGCUCGUUUAACUGAUGUCCCCUUUGCUAAGCUGCGUUGCACCGCUCCUCGUCUCUUGCCAUGGUUAGUAGCAGCUAAUCCAGUGAAUUAUGGAAGGCCUUGUGAGCUUUCUUGUGUGGAGGCUUUAUCUGCAGCUUUAAUUCUAUGUGGAGAGGAGGAGACUGCGAAUCUUUUGCUAGAGAAAUUUAAAUGGGGUCAUGCCUUUUUGUCUCUCAACAAGGAUAUUCUUAAGGAGUACUCCAAAUGCGAGAAUAGUGCUGAGAUCAUCUCAGUGCAAAAUUCUUGGCUUACUCAGCAAACUCAGAUCUCAAAACUACCAGCUCCCCUCAAAGAACAUGUUAGGGAAGAAGGUGAUGAAUCUGAGGAUGAUGAUGGUCUCCCUCCUCUAGAGAGGAACAUGAACCAUAUCCAAUUGGAAGACAGUGACGAAGAUGAUGAAGAUGAAGAUGAAGAUGAUGAUCUCCCUCCUCUAGAGAGGAAUAUGAACCAUAUCAAGUUGGAAGACAGUGAAGAAGAUGAUGACAACAAGAGUGAGGAUUAAAUCUUUCAAAAGGUUCUACUUUUGAGUUACUCUAGUAGCAGCGUUGUUGAAUCUUUGUGGAGGAUAACACCAUGUAUUAUGUUUCUUGUUUUUUAUAUAAAACAAAUUAUAUAUUUUAAUAAUCAA